ACCAGGCUUUGUGUGUGCGCGUAUGUGUGUGAGUGUGUGUCUGUGCGCGAGUGAGAGAGCGGGCGAGUGUGGCGAGCAGGACCCGGCGGGCGCGCUCCCCCAGCCUCUCUCUCCUCUCUCUCCCUCCCCGCUAGAACCAUGUCGGGCAGGUCGGUUCGAGCCGAGACCAGGAGCCGGGCCAAAGAUGAUAUCAAGAGGGUCAUGGCGGCUAUCGAGAAAGUGCGCAAAUGGGAGAAGAAAUGGGUGACCGUUGGCGAUACAUCCCUACGAAUCUACAAGUGGGUUCCUGUGACGGAGCCGAAAGUCGAUGACAAAAACAAGAAUAAGAAGAAAGGCAAGGACGAGAAGUGUGGCUCAGAGGUGACCACUCCGGAGAACAGCUCGUCACCAGGGAUGAUGGACAUGCACGAUGAUAACAGCAACCAGAGCUCCAUAGCCGACGCCUCCCCCAUCAAACAGGAGAACAGCAGCAACUCCAGCCCUGCCCCAGAGCCCAACGCACCUGUGCCCAGUGAUGGCACCGAAGCCAAGGCUGAUGAGGCGCAGGCCGAGGGAAAAGAGCACCCUGGAGCUGAAGAUGCUUCUGACGAGCAAAACUCCCAGUCUUCGAUGGAAAACUCAACGAACAGCUCAGAGAAAGCGGAACGGCAGCCAUCUGCAGAGUCAGGGCUGGCGGCAGAAACAUCGGCAAUCUCUCAGGAUUUGGAAGGAGUGCCACCGUCUAAAAAGAUGAAGCUGGAAGCCUCUCAACAGAACUCUGAAGAGAUGUAGGCGCCUGAUGGAACCCUCUGCUCCAUGGUUCGUGGCAGGUACAUCGGCAGGCUUAAUUCUAGAACGCGGCCCAAGCGAGACUCCUCUUGGGUGCGAGCAGAACUAACGUUUCAAGUUUACUUAAGUGCAAAUCCAAGAAAAAACCUAGAGCGGCGGGCGGAACUUCGCAGACACUGACGGACGCUGCUGUGAAAACGAAAACACUUCGAACCUUCAAGUGACUGUCCUCGGGGGAGGUGGGUCUCGGCCGACAGCUCAGGAGUGUCUGCGCACCAUCUCGGAAGCCAAGAUUACAUUUGUGUUGCUGCUGUGUUCCCCGCCCCCACGUCUCUAUUUAACGACAUAAGCUAUCCGAGGGUGGUACCAAUCAGGAAUUUGUUCUCCAUAGGGGCUUCUGGCUCUCCAACCAGUUCCUUCUGCUUUCUUUUUUUGUGCCUUGUACCCUAGAGGUGACCUCUGGCAUGCUUCCUGGUUUUUGCAUCCCUCCUGGCCAAGGGCCCACUCGGUUUGAUUGGCUGCCCCCUUAACUGCCUCUCUCCUCCCUGCCCCGAGACUGCUUCAAAGCAAGCAGGGUUGAGCAGCAGGAGACCGGGCGCCUCUCAGUGGCUCCUGCUUCAGGUGAGCAGUGUUUGGGCACACCCUGAGCCCCAGCUUCCAGGGCCCCUGGGGCUACAAGUUCAGCCCCAUUUCCCAAGGGCUGGCCUCCUUGGUUCAGGACACGCCCACCUGCUGGAGCCACGGAGGCUAGGGGUUUGCAAGCCACCGUAGCCCAGAUUAACAUGCAAAGCCUUUAGAAUUUUCCGGCACUUCCACCCUAUCUCCUCCCCCCCCCCCCCCCCCACUUUAGCCACCACUGGCACUGCUCUCUCCAGGUCCUCUGAAGACUGACCGUGAGCUUGUCUCCUUAGGAUAGUAACAGGGCUGGGGAGGUUGGGAGCAGGCAGCCGGAAUAGCUGGUGCUGAACCUCUCCCACAGGACAAUGCUUGGAUUUCAAAUCCAUGGAAACCUGCUGCCCUUCGUCCCCUGUCUCCUAUCCCCCCCUCCCCCGCCCUUCUCCUCCCAGAAUCCCAGGCUGGAUGCUCCUGGUUCUGACUCUCAGAGGCCACAGGUAGAUGGAGUCUCAUUCCCAGUACGCGCUGUCGGUCUCCACUGGGGGUCGGACCUUAACGAUUGGGCCUCAAAGGCCAGAAACCAGGCGAGGCGAGGCGAGGCGCACAGGAACCGGGAAGAUUUGCACACCCCACCCCCUCCCCCCCAGAAAGGAGCCACCGAGGAGCUCCCUUCCCCGAUCUCCUUUGCACGGAGACAGCGCUCUCUCUCUCUCACUCGGUGGAGACACCACUUGGACGGACCACCCAGCUGUUGAUUCCCGAGGCCUGGUUUGCUCUUCUUAACUCCUUGACUGGACCCCUCAGACCUUAAAUGCUUACCCCCUAUGCUUUCUGCACUGGAGUUCGAACUCCCUAGGAGUUGUACGUUGGGGGGGCCGGGGUGGGGUUUGUUUUUCUUGUUUUGUUUGUUUUGUUUUUUGUUUUGUUCGCUAACUGGUGCAUAUUCAGGUUACCACCUUUUGACGUGUGGAUCUUUCUCCAAACCACCGUGGGAAGUGUCCGCCAGGCUCCCUUUUCUAAGAGUUUCUGAGGGGACAGCUCCCAUUUUCUUUGUCUGGUUUUAAGGGAGCUGUCUAUUUCCUAUACUUCAAGAAGAAUCAAAAUGUUCCUGAAUUUUAAAUACCUCAUGCAAAAAAAAAAUUAUCUCCUGAAAUAAUGGAAGAAGAAAAAAAAAAAGACUUUGAGAAUCGUAAUGUUGAAGUUAGCAAUGCUAAAACGUUUCCGUCUUAAAAAAAAAUUUCUUGUACUUAGCGAUUUUGCCCCUCAGGCGGUCCGUUCUGUCCAGAACUGUGUAUGCCCUUCGUCGUGGCCGGAAAGAAACCAGAUGCAUGACCUCCGACGUAUCUCAAGGUCAAGGCAGCUUUACCUCCAGAUGUAGGGCGACAUUUUUCUUUCGCAGCAGAACUCCAUUUAGGUGAAAGAUGAAUUCGGAUAUUUAUUUCUUUUUUUUUUUUUCCCUGGGAAACAAGAGGUAAUGUUACAAUGUAAACAGCUGAGGGAGAACCCAACUGGGGCAUCCACGGAGCCAGCAAGGCGGCCAGGGCCGCCCGUACCUCUUCGACCCUCUGCAGCCUCUGGACAGUCAGGAGGAGUCGACGCAGUUGAGAGGGAAGACGGCGGUGAGAUCCACGGUACCGAGGCUGUCAUUAGUUUUUCUCUGAAGUGCCUGAAGGUAGGAAUGGGCCGUUGACGGGGACCAUUCGGAUGCCCCCCACCCCGACGGCCACGCCAGGCAAAGAGCCAGCAGCCCUUGCACUCCGCGCUGGCCGAGAAAGCCUUCCACGAGGAGCGGUCAGACUGCAAAAUCCAAUGUGCUUCCUUCCCCGCCACGGUCCUCUCUCCGAGCCGAUGGUCCCCAUCCCUGAACCCCUAGCCCUCAACCCCACCACAGAAUCUAAGAUCUUUCAUCUGGCUGCGCCAGGGGCAGGGGAUCCUAAGCAAAUGCCUUCCGUGGACAUCAGGCCCCAUGGCCUAAAGGGCUCCCAGGGCAAACUUCUCCCGCAAAACCUGAAGGUGGGGGAAUGGCGGCUACACAUUCCACAAAGUGCUACACUUGCACCCACAACCGGGAAGGCUAUGAAGCGAUCCUUAGAGGGUGGUGACUGCCCAUCGUCAGACGGUGUCGUGGCUUGGAAUGUUAUUAUUGCCGAGGACCUGGUUAGAGGUAUAAAGACCUUUUUUUCACUGUUACCUAAUCUUUUUUUUCUCCCCCCUCUUACAAUUUUUUUUUGGUGUGUUGUACAGCAGUAUAAUUUUUCACUUAUUUAUUCCAUCGGUAGAUAUUGUUUGUACAAUGUACAAUGGUUUUCAUUUCAGAAAAUAAAAAAAAAAGUUCUGAUCAUAAGUUUGGCGGCUUAGCCCAUUGUAAUAAGGAAUAAAAAUCAGGUGGAUAAUGAA